CUUCUUUUUCAAGCUCCCUUCUGCCUUUUUCAUUUAACUCAGAGAGAAGAGAGGCGGAGGAGGGGCUGAGACUGACGAUGGUGGCCUUUUCUUCUCCUCUUCUCCUCUUCUUCUUCUUAUUCCCUCUCUUAUUUCUCGCACGGGCUUCUCAUGUGACCACCCACUUCAAAGGCAUUGACUUGGCAAGUCCAGCCCUAGAUGUCACCCCAACGCCCCUUUCUGGGCAUUCAUCUGUUCGUGGUUCCAAAGAUGUUUUGUUAUGUGAUCGAGUUCAAGUUUCUGGUCAGCCAAGGUUAAAACUUGGGAGUUAUGCCAGUUGUUUUCGGGUUACUUUGGCUCCAUCUGUCUUAAUACCAGAACGAUUACACAGCAAAAUACAAGUUUGCUUUCAUCAGAAUGCUUCACUUGGAUUAUGCAAGUGUGAGAAUGAUGAUUGGAAGGCGGUGCAAAAGGGGAUAUGGCACACUGUCAUGUCACCUUAUGAUGAUCGAUAUAUUGAUGUGAAGUUUAUCGGCGAAGUGUCUGGCUCUGUCACAGUUGCUGUUGAAGAAGACUUUCAGCAAUGGCGGCUUUUUUUUCUAGCUUUGGGAUUUGUGUUGUUGCUGUUGGCACCAUUUGUCAGCAGUUGGGUUCCUUUUUACUACAGCAGUUCAAUGGCUAUUGGCAUUUUUCUUGUCAUUAUAAUCCUUCUCUUUCAGGGAAUGAAAUUGCUGCCAACAGGAAGGAAAAAUAUCUUCUAUCUCACAGUAUAUGUACCAAUGCUUGGAGCUGGAUCUUUUCUUUUACAUCAAUUGUCUGCGUUGGUAAAUUCAAUCCUUGUCAAUUUUGGGCUGAGUGAAGAGAUGCAUAAUCCGGUUGCUAUAUUUGUAUUGGUUGGAAUUAUCCUUUCAGGAGCUGCUUUGGGGUACUGGAUUGUAAGGAAAUUCGUGAUCUCAAAAGAUGGAAGUGUUGAUGUUGGUGUUGCCCAGUUUGUAAAAUGGGCCAUGCGCAUCCUUGCAACUACUUUUAUUUUCCAGAGCACUCUUGACACUCAGCUGGCAAUGGUGGCAGUGGCUUCUUGUUCUGCUAUCUGUUAUCUUAUCACUUCAGCAAAAAGGAAUGGCCAUAUGCACCAACCACGUUCAGGGUACGGGAGUCCUUGGCUGCACCAGUCGAGGCAGGGAACAAUAAAGCAUGGUCGUGCUGAAUUUUUUAGUAGGAGUCCAAGAAUGGAUUCUAAUAGGAAGGUGUGGAAUAGUCCAAAGACUUCACCUGUAUGGAGUAACUCUCCUGUAAAAGGUGUGGUUUCAUCACCACUUGGUGAAGCUGCUAUAGAUCAUCAAGAUUACUAUUCAACCUUUCACAAGACGCGAUAUCGAAAGAAAUUCACAAAGCAAGAAUGGGAGGAUUUCAGUCGGGAAUCGACCCGGCAUGCAUUGGCACAGUUGGCAGCAUCGCCAGAAUUCACUGAUUGGAUGACUGAGCAUGCUGGCAGGAUAAAACUCCUUCCAUGUGAUAGUUCAGACGAAUCAGUGGGGAGCAAAACAAGUUCUACAGAUGAGGACAAUGAAGGAAGCAACAGUCGAUUCAGAUUGUUCAGUUGGUAGCAACUGAGUAGAAAACAAUGUUAACUAUUGAACCACUAAUGUAAAGUUAUCUUAGGAAAUUAAAGGGCAACAAAGAACUGUGGGGAAUGUUUUAGGAAUGAUACUGUUUCUGUUGCAUCAUGUUGAUUUUCUGAAAAAUUUUCUAACAAUAUGACGGCGGUAGAAAUCCUUGUAUGAGUUAAGAUUAAUUUCUGCAUAAUGUACAGAUGCUGCAGAUAAAAGGGCAGAUUUGUUUCAUUGACUAAUUAAUUGCAACUGGAAUUAGAUUUUCGGCU